AAUGUCUUACCUUCUACCUCAUUUAAAUAACGGUUGGGAAGUUGAUCAAGCAAUCUUAGAUGAAGAAGAGAAACUAGUUAUCAUACGUUUUGGACAUGAUUGGUAAUUAAAUAUUAAUAUCUAUAUAGGGAUCCAUAAUGUAUGCAAAUGGAUGAAAUCCUCUAUAAAUCUGCUGAAAAAAUAAAAAAAUUUGCAGUUGUUUAUUUAGUAGAUAUCACUAAAGUUCCUGAUUUUAAUACAAUGUAUGAACUAUAUGAUCCAGUUACAGUAAUGUUUUUUUAUAGAAACAAACAUAUGAUGAUUGAUUUAGGAACAGGAAAUAAUAAUAAAAUAAAUUGGGCAAUGAAUGAUAAGUAGGAAUUCAUAGAUAUUGUUGAAAUUAUAUAUAGAGGUGCUAGAAAAGGCAAAGGUUUAGUUGUUGCUCCAAAAGAUUAUUCAACUAAAUACAAAUAUUGA